UCCCUCAACCUCCUCUUCUUCUCUUCCUCCCCGAGGCGGCGCCGCCGCACUCUCCCUGCCCGACGACGCACCAUGGCCUCCGCCCGCGCCACCCUCCUCCUCCGCCGCGCCACCGCCGCUAACCCCGUGCUCUUCUCCGCCCACGGCCUCCGCUACCGCAAGCUCGAGGUCAUCCUCACCACGACGAUCGACAAGCUGGGGAAAGCGGGGGAGACGGUGCAGGUGGCGCCAGGGCACUUCCGCAACCAUCUCAUGCCCAAGAUGCUCGCCGUCCCAAACAUCGACAAGUUCGCCAUACUCAUCCGCGAGCAACGCAAGCUUUACCAACGUGAAGAGGAGGAGGUUGUCAAAGAAGUCACAAAGGAAGAUGAUGAUGCUCGGCAACAGGAAGAGCAACUGAAGGAGUAUCAGGCAGCAGCAAAGCGGCUUGACAAUGCUCUCUUGGUGUUGAGGCGGUUCAUCUCCGAAGGGAACGAAUUGCGCAAUCCUGUUACGAAGGAUGAAAUUGUUUCUGAGGUGGCAAGGCAACUCAAUAUCAACAUCCAUCCUGACAAUGUGCACCUGCUGUCACCAUUGUCAUCCCUUGGAGAAUUUGAGCUGCCCCUUCGCUUGCCGAGGGAUAUACCACGGCCGGAAGGCAAGCUACAAUGGACUCUCAAUGUCAAGAUCAGGAGACCCUAAGGCCUAAGAACUCUCAGUGGGCAAUCUUGUUCUCCCUCCAAGUUGCUGAAUGAUAUCGAGGGACUAUUGCAGCCUUGAGAUGAAGAGACACACUGAAAUAGAUCUUCAAACUGGAACCUUUUGCCUUUAGAAUUUCCUUGGCCCAUCGUUCUUGGGUGGGAUGAUAUGAUCGGCCUUCCAUUCUUGUGAAUGUUAAGAAACGCCGAAUAAUUUGUUUGAAUUAGGGUGUGUAGCAUGGACUCAACAAUUGUUGUAUUGUUGUUGACUUUAUUCAUAUUCUUGGCUUGUUAGUGUGAAAGGAGAGGGAUAUAAAGAAACAAAGAAAGGCUGCGAUUGCAAGGCAUCCUUCAAAAGGAGAGGCAGGGAGCGAAAGCUUGCAUCAGUGGUGUCGUUGUCAUAAUAAGAAAAUGGCAGUCUCCAUCAUGUUUUUAAUC